AUGAACAAUUCCCAGGACAUUGCAAGCGUUGAUCGUAUGCCACAUCUGAAGCAACUGGUUUUGAGUAAUGAUGAUAGCGCAUCAACUUCUCAGCUGGAUAUGGAAAAAAGUCAGAACAGUUUGAACAGUAUGCUUGCUAACGGUGUACUCGACACACCAUUAGGACAAGCUGUGACAAAUUUGCAUGGAUCUUGGGCGCAACUAAUCAGUGAUUUAUCAGCUCGAACAGGUUAUUUACCUCCAACGCUAGAACAUAUCAAAGAAGUUGCGGAGUGCGCAGUUCGUCAAUUAAAAGAUUCGUGUCAUGAUUUAACUCGUGAAUUUGCUCGAGUUGGUCUUGAAUGGCGUCUAACGCACCCAAAUGAAGCUCUUGCUGAAGAUUUGGCGGAUUAUGAUCAAGCCAUGUUACGGCAGGAAUCAUUACUGGAACGAGCUUCAAGCAUCGUUGAACGACGACUAAGCGAUUUAGCAGCUGAAAAAAAUUCACAAGGAUUUGAGUAG